CGGCGUGCUGCAGGAGCCGUUGUGCCGGUGCUGAUCGGGAGUGCCUUGAAAGGAUGUGAUGCAAACGCGUCCCCGUGUAGAAAGGCUCCUGCUCGCUUUUCAGGUGGUUCUUCAGCACUCUGUGUAGGAGAGAUGUAGCAGCUCUGACUGAGCACGUGUCUGAGCCCGUACGUAGGGCAGAGAAGGAGCUUGACCUACUCAACCCCAGCCUCGCUGCCUCGCUAACCUCAUGGUGGGGGUCUUCAUGCCUUCCUCUCCAUGGGGACCCGCGUGUGCGCCGGUGCUGACUGCCGGCCGCCGUGCCGGGACAGGUCCGGGGGGCGACCCGGUUGAUGGCCCCAGAAGAGGCCCAAUGGAAGAAGGGCUGAUCGACUAUGGCGGCGAGAGGACGCUGAGCGAGGGCGGCCGGCUGGGCCUGGCCGCUGGGGGCCGGCCGCAGGCGGGGGGCAGCGCGCUGAUGGAGCCCAGCGGAUGGCUGCCCGGCCCCCCCGCCGGCCCCGCGCGCCUGGAGGAUGCCCGCAACCUGGUGGCCUUCUCGGCGGUGGCCGAAGCGGUGUCCUCCUACCGGCUGCCCGCCCCGGCUUCGCCCUCGCUGCUCUACAAGAAGUUUGACACCGAGAUGAGCCGGGGGGGGCUGGCGCCGCGGGACGGCGUGCCGAGGGGGGAGGACCUGCACGCCCUCAAGGCCGCCCUCGCCCUGGCCAAGCACGGCAUGAAGCCCCCCAACUGCAACUGCGACGGCCCCGAGUGCCCCGACUACCUGGAGUGGCUGGAGCAGAAGAUCCAGGCGGCCCUGGGAGAAGGCCCGCUGCCCCCCGCCCCGCCGCCCCCCGACAAAGGUGCUAUCGCUCCCCCCGCGGUGCUGGAGGCCGCCGAGCCGUGCCCGUCGGACGGCCUCCCCUUUUCCCAAAGUGCACUGAACAUCGCCAAGGAGAAGAACAUCAGCCUGCAGACGGCCAUCGCCAUCGAGGCGCUCACGCAGCUCUCGGCCGCGCUCCCUCAACCCGGUGCUGAUGGGCCGCCCCCCCCGCCACCGCCGCCGCCGCCGCCCCCCUCGGUGCCCCCCACUCCCCAGGAGCCGUCCAUCAGCGCGGUGCCUCCGUCCGGGACCGCCGACCCUAUGGCGGAGCUGGAGCAGCUCCUGGGCAGCACCGAAUACAUCGCCACGGCCUUCAAGCGGCCCGAGGCCGGCAGAGCCCCCCCCGCGGCAGCCCCAAAGCCCCCGGAUCGGACGCCGGGCAAGGAGGCGGCGAGCAGCCCCCGCGUGCUGCAGGAGCCCGACCUGCACAGGAAGACGCAGCUGGUCCUGCAGCAGCACCUGCACCACAAGCGCAGCCUUUUCCUCGAGCAGAACCUCUCCGCGCCCCCCUCGGAGCGCCCGCCCGGCUGGUGGACCCCCAGCACGCCCAAACCCUUUGAGAAGCAGGCCAAGGAGAAGAAGAAAAGGAUGCAGCCGGACAAGCCGGCCCGCAAGCAGGUGCAGAUCAAGAAGCCCAAGCAGAAGGAUUCGCAGCCGCUCUUCCUGCCCUUCUGGCAAAUUAGCCUGGAGGGGCUGCGGGCCCCCGCCGAGCCCCCCGCCUCAGCGCCGCAGUCCGAACCCCCACCGCCCACCCCGCUCCCACCCACCGCUCCCGACUCUCAGGAAAGGGGUACCCCCGGGGGGGACACCCACAACCACCCGCCGGCACCGGGCCCGGAGGGAGCGGCGCCCGCCGUGGUGGACGACAAGCUGGAGGAGCUCAUCCGGCAGUUCGAGGCCGAGUUCGGGGACACCUUCAGCCUGCCGCCCAGCGGGGCCACCGCGCUGCCGGAGGGGCCGCCGCCAGCCCCACAGGUGCCCCCCACCGCCGCCAGCACCGCCGCCGUGGCCCCCAGCAGCGCCGCCCCGGGGGGCUCCGCGCUGUCGCCGGGGAAGGGACCUCCUCCGGAGCAUCUCUUCUCCGUGCGCUCCCCCAAGCAGAUCAAAAUCGAGUCCUCUGGUGCUAUCACCGUGGUGUCCACCACGUGCUUUUAUUCCGAGGAGAGCCAGAACGCCGACGAGGCGGAGGGGACGCCCACCAAGGAUGAGGUGCCGCUGACCCCCACCCUCAGCGGGUUCCUGGAGUCGCCGCUCAAAUACCUGGACACGCCAACCAAGAGCCUGCUGGACACCCCCGCCAAGCGAGCGCAGGCCGAGUUCCCCACCUGCGACUGCGUGGAGCAAAUCGUGGAGAAGGACGAGGGGCCGUACUACACCCACCUGGGCUCGGGGCCCACCGUGGCAUCCAUCCGGGAGCUGAUGGAGGAGCGGUACGGCGAGAAGGGCAAAGCCAUCCGCAUCGAGAAGGUCAUCUACACUGGGAAGGAGGGGAAGAGCUCCCGGGGCUGCCCCAUCGCCAAGUGGGUGAUCCGGAGACACAACCAAGAGGAGAAGCUGCUGUGCCUGGUGCGUCACCGAGCUGGCCACCACUGCCAGAAUGCUGUCAUCAUCAUCCUGAUCCUGGCCUGGGAGGGCAUCCCCCGCACUCUGGGCGACACACUGUACCAGGAGCUCACUGACACCCUCACCAAGUACGGCAACCCCACCAGCCGCCGCUGCGGCUUGAAUGACGACCGGACUUGUGCGUGCCAAGGCAAGGACCCCAACACCUGCGGUGCUUCCUUCUCCUUCGGCUGCUCUUGGAGCAUGUAUUUUAAUGGCUGCAAAUAUGCCCGAAGCAAAACUCCACGGAAGUUCAGGCUGGUGGGGGACAAUCCCAAGGAGGAAGAGCUGCUCCGGAAAAGCUUUCAGGACUUGGCCACUGAGGUUGCUCCACUUUACAAGAGGUUGGCACCGCAGGCCUACCAGAAUCAGGUUACCAAUGAGGACAUCGCAAUAGACUGCCGUCUGGGCUUGAAGGAGGGGAGGCCGUUUUCAGGGGUGACAGCGUGCAUGGACUUCUGUGCUCACGCUCACAAAGAUCAGCAUAACCUCUACAAUGGCUGCACAGUGGUCUGCACGCUGACAAAGGAAGACAAUCGAGUGGUGGGGAAGAUCCCCGAAGAUGAGCAGCUGCACGUCCUCCCCCUCUACAAGAUGUCCAGCACAGAUGAGUUUGGCAGCGAGGAGAACCAAAACGCAAAGGUGGGCAGCGGGGCCAUCCAGGUGCUCACAUCCUUCCCCCGUGAGGUGCGUAAGCUGCCUGAGCCUGCCAAGUCCUGUCGGCAGAGACAGCUGGAAGCAAAGAAAGCCGCAGCAGAGAAGAAGAAACUGCAGAAGGAGAAGCUGAUGACACCAGAGAAGAUCAAGCAAGAAGCACUCGAACUUCCUACACUCCAGCAGAAUGCAGGUAUGGCGUUGAAAAGUGGGCUCCCCCCACAGCCGCUGAAACCUUCCAUCAAAGUGGAGCCGCAGAGCCAUUACAACGCCUUCAAGUACAACGGCAAUGCGGUGGUGGAGAGCUACUCGGUGCUGGGCAGCUGCCGGCCCUCCGACCCUUACAGCAUGAACAGUGUUUACUCUUACCAUUCCUACUAUGCACAGCCCAAUCUGCCUUCCGUGAACGGGUUUCAUUCCAAGUUCACGCUGCCCUCCUUUGGGUAUUACGGUUUUUCCAACAACCACGUGUUCCCCUCGCAGUUUCUGAAUUACGGGGUGCCCGAGAGGGGCGAGAGCUGGGUGAGCAACAGCUACGAGAAGAAGCCCAACAUUCAGGUGCUGCAGGAGAACCUCAACCAUACCUACAGGAACACGGAUUUCCCCGAGCCCAUCCCACACAGUGUCCGGAGCAAAAACCAUCACCAGCGCACCUACGAGCGGGCCAGCCGCUAUGCCAGCCAGCAGAAGGCGGCUGCGGCUGGGGUGCACAGGACUAGCACAGGCUCGGAGGAGGCAUCGCCGUUUGCACAGAACUGUUUUGGCAGCAGGGCCAUCAAGCAGGAGCCCCCGGACCCCCCGCCCAGCAUCGAGCCCCUAAACAACCCCGCAGCGGCCGUACCCGGCACCGGUCUGGCUCUGCCUGCUGUCCCCGUACCGGAGCAGCAGUGGAGUCCCUACAAAGCGUCAUCCCGAGGUUCGUCUUCCCCCGAGCAGACUGGUGCGGCCGACAGCUCGUGGAGCAGCCUGGUGCCGGGUGCCGGAGGACGGGAGAAGCUGAGCGCCUUCGAUGCCGCCGUGCGCCUGCCGCUGCCGGAGAAGCAGUGGCCCAACGUCCUGGCAGGAGAAGCGUCGUCGUCGUGCGGUUCCAGCUUGCUGCCGAAGCCGUGGAGCCCCUGCAAGCUGGGGGAGACGGUGCUGGGCGGUGCGGGUACCCCGACCCUGCGGGACAAGGGCUGGGAGCUGGGACCGCUGGGCUUCGGCUCGGCCCUGCCGGAGCUGCCCGUCUUCUCCGAAGAGCCAUGGGGGUCCGGCAAGGCGGAGGAGCGGAGGACGCCGGCGCCCGUGGCGGGGCUGCCCGAAAAGCCGUGGGAGGCGGCGGUGCGUGAGAAGGGGGCAGCGGGGGUCCGCCGGGAGAAGCCAUGGGAUCCCUUUGGGCUGGAGGAGGGCGUCGAGGAGGCGUCGGUGAAGGCGGUGAAGGAGGAGGAGGAGGAGGAAGAAGAGGAGGAGGAGGAGGAGGAGUGGUCGGACAGCGAGCACAACUUCCUGGACGAGAACAUCGGUGGCGUGGCCGUGGCGCCCGCGCACGGCUCCAUCCUCAUCGAGUGCGCCCGCCGCGAGCUGCACGCCACCACCCCGCUGAAGAAACCCAACCGCUGCCACCCCACCCGCAUCUCCCUGGUCUUCUACCAACACAAGAACUUGAACCAGCCCAACCACGGCCUGGCGCUGUGGGAGGCCAAGAUGAAGCAGCUGGCGGAGCGCGCCCGCGCGCGGCAGGAGGAGGCGGCGCGCCUGGGGCUGCAGCAGGACGCCAAGGCCUUCGCCAAGAAGCGCAAGUGGGGCGGCGCGCUGGCGGCCGAGGCGGCCACCAAGGAGCGGAGGAACGCGGUCCCCACGCGGCAGGCGGUGGCCAUCCCCACCAACUCCGCCAUCACUGUGUCCUCCUACGCGUACACCAAGGUGACGGGGCCCUACAGCCGCUGGGUCUGAGGCGGAGGCGGCCGCCGCAGCCCUUCUUACCUCAAAGUCGGCAGCACUGGAGUCCCGGUGCUGCUUCGUGGUGCUUUCUCCUCGGGCAUGGGGGAGAAGAAAAAAAAAAAAAAAAAAAAAAGAAAAAAAAAAAAAAGCAGGAAAAAAAAAAAAAGGAAAAAAGCAAAAUAAACCCAACGUUACGCUUGGAAACAACGGAACCGACGCGGGUGCAAACUGCACUUGGCAAAGAGUAGGAAAAUAGGAAAGGAACAAUGCUCUUUGACAUUUUUCGGUAACCUAAUAUUUAUAUCUCUGUGUUUUUUUAAUCUAUCCUUGUGCACUGCAAGAAUGGAGAGAGAAGUUUAUAGCGUCCUUUCGCAAAGGAGGGGUUUUUAAUUCCACUUAAAACCGCGUAUUUAUUGGAUUGUUGUUGUUAUUUUUUAAUCUGACGAGAAUGACGAAGCCGACCUUCAAAAAACGAAGCAAACAUCAAGGAAAAAAAAAAAAUACACGGAUAAAUUGAAAAAGAAGAAAAAAAUGAGAAACAACCCAAACACCAAACCAGCGUAUCAAGGCAGAGGUGGACCCCCCCCCAUUGCCCUGCAGGCGGCAGGGAUCGGGGAUGGCCUCACAGAACCACCUGGAAACGUGUGCUCUGACGUCAGCCGGACGCACCGAGAAUCCAGUUAUUUUAAUUGUUGGUUCCCAAGGACCUACAGUGGCUGUUUUACAACUGGAGGAGUCCAUCCCCGUGGGUGGAGACCUCAGGGCAUCGUGCGGAGGGUGCUGCUCCCGGAGCUCCGUGCUUGGGUGCUCAUUUGGGGCUCUGUUGCCCUUAGCAGAAGAGGAGCAGCUCGGCUGCGUCUCCGAGAAACCUGACGGGAAUCGAAUGCAUAAAUAGGAAAAAGAAAAAACACAAACCCACAAAAACAACACAAAACUGUGAAUAGCUAGCGUUGCUCUCUGUACAUCACUGUUGCUGAUGUCUGGUGCUUUCAGUCUCUGGGGGACUUUGGCCGUACGAGCGGCUCUGGGAGGAGCAAACCCAGGACUCGUCUCCCCACACUCUCAGUCUGAUGGGCGAGUCGGCGCGGCGGUGCGCUCUGCAUUUUUCUCUCCCCAGGUGCCAUCAUCUCACCUUCCUACAGGUUGCUGUUCUUCCCACAGGAAAAAAAACAACCAACCAACCUACCCACCAACCAACCAACCCACCAACCUACCCACCAACCAACGAACCUACCCACCAACCCACCCACCGACCAACCAACCAACCCACCAACCAACCAACCUACCCACCCACCACCCAACCAACCAACCUACCCACCUAUCAACCAACCCACCCACCCACCAACUUACCCACCAACUAACCAAUCAACCUACCCUCCCACCAACUGACCAACCAACCAACCAACCCACCAACCAUCCAACAACACUGCGUGGUGCUUUCCCAACAACCUCAGCUGAGGCUGCCACCCUCGAGCCGUGCUGGGCGCUGGGUGCGGGACGGGGCCGUGCCGUUGCUUUGCACUUCCAGGUGCCUUUUGGGGAACACGCGAGCGAGAGCCGGCGCUGUCACCGUGCCGAAGUCACCGUGUGUGUUUACUGCAACCCCGCGCACCGGCACAGCUCAGCAGGAUCUCGGUAAAACAGCCUGAACCUUUGUGUAGUUAGUCUGAUUUUAAAACCUGUACAUAGGGAAAGAAUUUUUUUAAAAGCACUUUCACCUGGAUUUAAAAACGAAAGCAAAACUUAAAAAAAAAAAAAAAAGGCAAAAAAACAAAAACAAACAAAAAAAGAGCAAAACUCCCUUUCUCCCCUCCCGACAACUUGAAAGCAGUAUGUUUGAGACACAGUUAUGGUGGGAGAAGUGUAAAUACUGGCAGAAUAUUUAACAUGCUUUGUCCGUCCUUCAUAAUUUGUUUUUUUAACUGUAAUCUGUAAAGUCGCGUAUAUUUGACAAGGAAAUUCAACAAGCUAUUAUCGCUUUUCUUAUAAGUACCCAAUAGCAUAUCAGGAUUGUAGAGUUCAUGGCAAGUCAGACCUUAGGUUGGCCUGCGGGUGUCCUGGGGCUGCGUGCCGCAGGGCUUGGCUAUGGGUAUUGGCCAUGGGGUUCAUGUUGGUCUUGGCCAUAGGUCUUGGCCGUGGUUUUGAUCAUGGAGUUCAGCCAUGGGACUUGACCAUGGGUCUUGGCCAUAGAUCUUGGCCAUAAGUCUUGACUGUGGAGCUUGGACAUAGGUCUUGACCAUGGAGCUUGGCCAUGGGGUUUGGUCGUGGUUUUAGCCGUGAGUCUUGGUCAUGGAGCUUGGCCAUGGGUCUUGGUCAUGGUCUUGGCCAUGGAGCUUGGCUAUAGGCCUUGGCUGUAGCGUUAGGCCGUGGGUCUUGGCCAUGGGGCUCAGCCGUGGUGCGGCAGCAGUGCUGUUUGGAGGGCUAAGAAUGAAAGAGGUCGGAUUCGGGUGCCGGCCUUGGUUUGCUUUGCCCAGGUCUUGUCUGACUUCCAUGCUGUAGGUUGUCGCAGGGGUGCCUUGAAAGCUUUGCGUAGAUGAUGUUAGCAAGAAAUUCGCGGCGUUUGGGAGAAAGGGGCGCGUUUGGAGAAUGUUUCGGUCCGUGCAACCUGUCUAAGUCCUGCUUCCUUGGAGGUGUCUGGUUUGGGGGUUUGCUCCAGUGCGGCGUCCCCCCCUGCCUUGAAGGGAGGCUCAAACUGGUCCGGGGGUGGGGGGGGGGCAGCGGCGUGUGGGUCAGGGCGAGAACUGCUGCAGUCUCACGUUUUUACACUACAUUACGUAUAACCUACCUCAAAUCUCAGUCAUUGAAAAUUAGCAUGCUUCAGACUUCUUAUAUGAAAACUAGAAAACUAUGCACAGCUCUUUAACCCCUUGCUGCUGAGAGUCUGUUUUAAGCAAAAUCUUUUUCUUUAUCUGUACCAGCACCCGCGCUCUCGUCCCACCCGCGCAGAAGCCAUGGGGUGGAAGCACUGCGGGGACGUCCCGGUGCGGGGUGGGCAGUGGGGUGUGCUGGGGGCGGCGUUUUUAAUCGCAUCGGGGCCGGGGGGGGGUGGGGGGGGGACACUUUGCAGCAGGUCGCAGCCACACUGGUGCUAGAACAACACCCACGAUGGGAAGCGGGGGGAGAUCUCCGUGCACACCGCGGUGCUCCCGGCCAUGGUGUGCACCUCGGUGCUGGCCGGGGGUCGCUCCCCCUCUUGGCACUCUUGGGACGAGGCUCAGGAAGGAGAAGGAAACCAGAAUCCCUGAGGUGCCUCAAUUGCUAACUUUUCCUUUUAGUACUGGAAUAUGCUUUGUGGGCUCUUUAAGGCGUAUUUUUAUGAAAUGAAAUCUUCUAAUCAAAAUGGUGCUAUGGUGUUUUAACAAACUGUAUCAUGCUUCUGCCUGAUUCCAUCUCGCCGAGGUGCUACUCAUGUAUAUACGAAACUAGAGAACCAAGAAAAAAAAAAAAAAACAUGAAAAACAAGCAAUGAUGUCGUUGAGAAGGAAGUUUACUUUUCUGGAGCGACAGCUCAAAGCGUGCCGGGAGCAUCUUGCUCUUAUGCAAACAGGAACCGGUGCCACGCUGAAGCGUUGGGGGCACCUUUGCUUUGCGGCGGCUUCGUUCCCCUCCAGGAGCCAGGGGUGGGCAGACACGGUGCUCAGAUGUGGUCCUCAGCCCCAGCGUGCGGCCAUGGUGCUCGGGCACGGUGCUCGGCCCCGCGCUGGGGACGCGGUGCUUGCUUGCGGUGCUUGGUCGCGGUGCUCGGCCACCGUGCGUGGCCUUGGUGCUUGGCUGUGGUGCUCAGCCAGGUGUGCGAACACGGUGCUUGGUUGUGGUGUGUCGGUGCUCAGCCGCGGUGCGUAGACUCGGUGCUCAGCCAGGGGCUGUGAGCGCCGUAUUCGGUCCCGGUGCUCGGCCGCGGCGCUCAGCGGUGCUACGGAUGUGGCGCUCGGCCACGGCGUGUGAACGUGGUGCUCGGAUGUGGUGCUCAGCUGUGGUGCUCAGAGCUGCUGUGAGUGCACGGCCUGCGGGCGCAGUGCUCGCUCAGAUGGUGCUCAGACGUUGUCCGCAGUCACGGUGCUUGACCAGGGUUCACGGACACGGUGCUUGGGCACGGUGCGUGGACGUGGUGCUCAGGAACAGUUGCUCAGGCGUGGUGCUCGCCCACCGUUCACCAACACUGUGCUUGAACGUGGUGCUCAGACGUGGGACGUGGACGUGGUGCCCGGCACGGUGCUUUGACUUGAUGUGGUGCCGGGCACAGCGCUGGCGCACGGCGCUCUCCCACCACGCACGGCGCUCAGCCCCGGGGCAGACACGGUGCUCGGGCACUGCACAAGGACCUGGUGCUCACCCUCUGCGGUGCUUGGAUCCGCUGCACCCAAACACGGUGCUGGCACCUCCUGGCCCCGGAGCUCCUUUCCCUCCCUGGAUCGGCGGGCUUUGGCUGCGGAGAGCUGUGGCAGGGGAUAGCUGGGCUUCACGCUUCUCCCAUCUCUUCAUUUCCUUCCCACCUCCCCGCUCUCCUUGCCAUUUUUUUUUCGGGUUUCAUUGGUGCUACUUUUUUCCCCCUUUGGGUUCCCGUGAGCUGAGGGGGCAGCAGCCCCCCGUGCCCCAAACCAAGGCAAAUACCUCAACCCCGCAGCGCCGCGGCAGCGAAGGCAGUGAAACCGGGGCGAAUCUUUCCGAAAUCAGGGAUCCUUUGGCAGCGGUUUUAGUUCCCGUUUCUGUUAUUUUAUUUUUUUUUCCUUUCAUUGACCCUUUCCGCCCGGGCCUUCUCCUCAUUUUCACAUCCUUCAGGGAUUACAAACUGCCGUAGUUUCAGCCUUGUUUUAUUCCGGGAGCGUUUCGCCGGCGGGGUUUCGCACCGCGGCGCGGAGAAUAGGAAGGAAAAGGAAACGAGCAGACGAAACAAAACAAGGAAACAAAACAAAACAAAACUGAAAUGAAACGAAAUGGAACGAAAUGGAAUGAAAAGCGCCGUUUCUGUGGGGUUCAGCGCUCGGGAUCCGAUCGCGGGAGGGUUUGGGGUUGGGUUGCGUUGGCGUUCCGUGGGGCUCGGAGGACGGAGCGGAGGCGGCAGGGGGUCCCCCCAGGGACACACUUGAAGAUUCCUUGGCCGGCUCUGGGCUGUGGUUACUUGAAAUGAAGUUUUCUCUUUUCUUUCCGGGGCGGAUCGAGGAGCGGUAGAUUUUUUCCCAUGUCUCAAGGCAAUAGGAUUAAUGUGUAUUAAACUGUAGAUAACUCCUAGGACAGUAAAUUGAUGCCGAUAAUUUUAUUUUGUAUAAUUUUCCCUUUUCUUUCUCCUCUUUCGUGUGUUUCUCGGUUCUUCAGACCCCUUUUCCUUCCCCCCCCCCCCCCCCCCUUUCAGUGUUUUGGUAAAUUUAUUUUUUAGGAUGCCUAAAAAUCGCAAGUAUGGACCCCCCCCCCCCCCUCCCCCAACCUUUUUCUUCCCCAUGAUUUUUUUUUUUUAAUUUGUAUUUUAUUCUGAGUUACACGCGGCCCACCCGGCCGCACAAUGUAUUAUUCCUGAUAUCUUUAAAAUAUUGUGGGUGUUUUAAUAAAUUUUAUAUUUAUUUUUUGCACUCAAACCGG